AUGCCACAUUGGAGUGUACAGGGGUCUUUGAAAGACCAGCUGCGAGAAUUGAGCCAUCUGUUACUGGAAGAACGACUGAGAGAAAAUAGGGCGGAUUCAGUUGAACCAGAUCGUGGGAGCAGCGAUUUUACUGAUGAAAUCCCCAGUGUCGUAAAGGGACCGGUGAAACGAACUCUUUCACAAGCUAUUGACUUCGACACAGAGGAUUCGCAUCGUGACAAGCGAGAUCUGCGCUAUGUAGAUGUUUCGCUCCAGAUUGUAGCGGACCCGGCUUCAGAACAGCGGUUCUCGACGUCUUCUUCAUUCGAAGGGUUUGAAAAUGACGAUUUCCCAAUAGGAUCAGAAGCUACAAAUGUAGUGAAUGCAUCUAUACACAGCGAAUCUCAUUUGCAGGUCGAAAAGAACGAGAAUUAUAGAAAAAAUGAAGUGCAUCAGACCAAUGCAGACGUUCAUCUUACCAAAACUGUCGGCGAAAUUCCAGUUUCUGAGAAACUGAAAAGAAGUAGUUUGCGCACUACUUCUUCCAUUGAUCCUGUAGAGCUUGAACUUGAUUCCAAACAGAUCACAAACCUCCUGAAGCUUUGUCUCAUUCCGUCAUCGAUCACCUCGAUGCGUGAUUCAUUGAAGCAGCUGCCCAGGUAUUUUUCGCAAGAGACGACCUCUCUGAUAAGAGAAGUGGCCCUCACAAAAGACUUCACGGCGAGGCCUCGAAUUGUUACAUCAAUUUUACAAGAUCGCGAUCUCUUACCUGCUGAGAGCAGCAAUGACGGAUUAUUUGAGCUUUGUUGCCAAUAUUUAUGCAUGGAAGACCUCAUCAAGGUCGAGAUGGCUUUAUAUACAUGA